ACGCAAAUCCGUAGCAUAGUCUGUUGGGAGUGUAUGGUCCGAGGUCUGUUUACACCAGUCAGCUGGAAGAUAAUGGACGGGUUUUGAUUUCAGCUACUAAUGCGUAGUCCGUCAAGGCGUUCCACUGGCAAUUCUUUCACACUACACGACAUCAGAAUAAUUUGAAUCAAAUUGGAGCGAUUUAAUUCGAAGAGAAUUGAACAUGUCAGACGUUAAGAGCUUGGAGCACCCAACUUUGAAGGUGCCGUACGAGCUAUUAAAUAAAAAAUUUCGGUCAGCUCAAAAGACUUUGGAUCGUGAAGUUUCUCAUGUCCAGACAGCGGCAAACGAAUUGGAGAAAGGAUUAGUGGGAGAAUCAGGGGGGGUGGCCAGCGGCGAAAUAACUCGUCUGUUAGGAGGUGUUGUAGCUAGACUUCAAGUGCUCAAGCGUAAAGCACAAGAAUCAAUCGCAGAAGAGCUACAGGCUGGUAUGGUCUGCAAAAGACGACUGGAUCACUUGAAGGAACAUGCCAAUACAGCGCCAAGUGCUGUCAACCAGUGGAGAAGACAAAGACUGGACAGGAUGCUGGUUGAAUAUUUCUUACGCAAGGGAUACUAUACGACUGCCACCAAGUUGGCUGAUAAUAGCGAAUUAAGGGAUCUGACUAACAUUGAUGUGUUUAUGGUAUCAAGAGAGGUGGAAAAAUCUUUGGCCAAUCAUGAGACAACAAGAUGCUUGGGAUGGUGUCAUGAUAAUCGGUCCAAGCUGCGCAAGCUGGGCAGCACUAUGGAGUUCAACGUACGUGUACAAGAGUUUGUUGAAUUGGUACGAGCAGAUCGUCGACUAGAUGCGGUAAAACAUGCCAGGAAGUGCUUUGCCAACUAUGAUGACUACCAGCUCCAAGAAAUUCAGUGCUGUAUGGGGCUAUUGGCAUUUCCAGUAAACACAGAAUUGAGUCCUUAUAAAGAUUUGCUUGACGAAAAAAGAUGGGAAAGGUUGAUUGAACAGUUUCGCCAUGAAAACUACAGGCUAUUUCAACUGGCUAGUCAAAGUGUAUUCACUGUGGCAUUGCAGGCUGGUUUGUCCGCUCUUAAAACUCCACAAUGCUACAGCGUUAACAGGGAAGGCAAAAAUCCGAGUUGCCCAGUUUGUAACGAGGCAUUAAACGAACUUGCAACUACUCUACCUUUUGCUCAUUGUUCGCAAUCUCGACUUGUCUGCAGUAUCAGCGGCAAACCACUGAAUGAAUACAACCAACCAAUGAUGAUGCCUAAUGGAUAUGUAUAUGGUGAACAUGCUUUAGAGAAAAUGGCACAGGAAAACAAUGGAACUGUCAUCUGUCCGAAAACCAAAGAAGUAUUCCCAUAUAAGAAGAUUGAAAAAGUUUACGUCAUGUAAAAUACUCGUACUAUAAAUAUUUUCAAGUGUAUAAUAUAAAGUAGAAUCUUUUUUUUCUCUAUCUCAUUCUCUCAUGUGAAUUUUGAAUAAAAAAUUAUCACUUCUUGUAUGCUACACCUUAAUCGUAAAAUAAAAUCUAUUUUCAGUGAAAAA